GAGAAACCACUUCCUCCCUUUCUUAUUUCUCUCUCUUCUUUUCAUCGUUUCUGACCUACUUCUUCCUGUUCUUUCACAAUAACCUGAAAUUCCAACGGUUCUUGUGCUGAAUCUAAAUCAAGCGCCAGAUAUUUUAUUUUGAUGCCUGAUUUAGAAUUGAGGAAUAUGGAUGGAAUUCUUGAAGAACUAGAUGAAGCAAAAGCUGAUAUUGAGAAGCUUAGGGCAGAUUGCAAGAUGAAGGAAGACUUAUCUGAGAACUUGAAAAGAAUUAACAGCGAGCAGUUCGCUAAGUUGCAGGAGGCGAAUUUGAAAAUUGAGAAGCAAGCUGAAGAGAUAAAUGAAAAGGCUGAAGAAUUAUCUAUGGAGAAGAAACGUUUGGAGGAACUUGAACGACGUCUAGCUGAAAGAGAGUCGGCAAUAAAACAUCUUGGUUCUGCCAAUGAUAAGCUUCGAGCUGAUGCCAAUGAAAAGUUUGAAAAAUUGGAAGAAGAAAAGAGGAGUCUCCUAUCGGCUUUGGAUGACUCGAAUGAGAAAUGCAUGCAUCAAGAGCAGAAGAUGUUUGAAUUCAGAGAAGAGAUUCAUGGCCUCAAAGAGAAUCUAUCGUUUUGGCAAAGAAAGUAUACAGAAGCUGAAGAGGGACUGGCACACAUGGAGCAGGGCGAAAGAGACGAUAUACUAAUUGAUUUAAAUAAUAAAAUUACAAAGCUUAAAGAUCAGUUGAAAUGGAAAACAGAGCAAUUUAAGCAUCUGGAAGAGGCACUUGAGAAGGUCCGAAAACAAUUGAAGGGGAACAAAAAAAAGUGGGAGCUGGAGAAAGGGACCCUGCUUGAUGGGGCCUCUUCACUGCAGACAAGGUUGGAUUCUCAGAUGCUAAUCUCAAAGGAUCUUAAUAACAAGUUAGAACUUUGCAACCAAGCCCUCGCCCAUGAAGAGAGUCGACGAAAGUAUUUACAGAUUCAAGUUACUGAUUUUGAGACACGCUUUGGUAAUGUUCUUGAUGAGUGUGAACAUGUAAAAAUGCAGUUGGAUGAAAUGACUGCUCAGAGGGAUAAAGAAAUUGCUACUUUAAGAAGUUCGUUGGGAACAAAAGAUUCAUUUAUGAAGGAACGAGAAUACCAAACACGAAAGCUGGAGGAAGAAAAUCAGGGGUUGCGAACAGCCAUCAAAGAACUCCAGGAGGAACAAAUUCAAGCUGCAGGGGGUUCACCUUCUUUCAGAGAACUGCAAAAGAAGAUGCAAAGCUUGGAAACUGCCCAUAGCGAAUGCACUGCAAAUCUAAGGGCUAAAGAAGUUGAAUGGGCAUCCCAAGUGGAAGAAGUUUUAAUUAACUUGAAUGAUUGCAAAUCUGAGCUAUGCAGAAGAGAAGCGAAAAUGAAGGAUCUUGAGGCAAUGUUGGAAAGUCAUCAUUCUUCAGCAUUGCAGUUGAAGUUACAAAAUGAGGAGUUAUCUGCCAUGUUACUAGUAUUAAAUCAGGGAAUAUCGGAGGCUCAAGUUAAGCUGGCAAAAGAAAUGGCUGAAGUUUAUAUGCAUGACAAAGAUAGAGAGGAGAAAAUAUCUUUAUUGAUGAAACAGGUGGAGGUGCAGAAUGCGGCUUUGGCAAAGGCCCACAAAGAUAUUGAAGCAGAGUAUAAAAAGGUGGCGUCUUUGCGUAAAAAAGUGGAAUCCGUGGAUCUGUAUGAGGAGCAGCUUCAACUAAUGCAGAAAGAAAUAGAUAGCUACAAGGAAAUGCUUGAGGAAUCAACCAAGUGUCAGCUUUACUUAGAGGAGCAAUGUUUGCAAAUGAAACAUGAUGCAGCAGAAAAACUUGAAGUUUACAAAGAAAUGCUCGAGGAAUCAACCAAGUAUCAGCUUCAGUUAGAGGAGAAAUGUUUGCAUAUGAAACAUGAUGCAGCAGAAGAACUUGAAGUCUGCAAUGAUUUGGGCGAGACGAAUGCUGAACUUGCUGAAAAAGAACCUACCCAUAUUCGAGUUCAGUCAAUGGAGAUGAUUGAAGAGCAGUACAAAUUAAAGCUGAGAGAGCUUGAUCAGUCUAUGGAAAUAAUUGAAGAAUCAUCCAGGGAUUAUCUUCUAUUGGAAGAACAAGUGACACAAAUAGAAUAUGAUGCAAUGGAGAGACUUCAAGAAGCAUGUUAUGCCUUGGAAGAAGCAGAUGCUGAACUGGAAGAUAAAAUCUGUGAAGGAAAUCAAAUGGAUUUUGAAAUGCAUAUGUGGAAAACUAUUGCUGAACAGUUACAACUUGACCUCGAUGAAAACAAUAGCAUACGUAGAGAGUUGGAAGCCUCACUGCUUGCAGAAGCCCAUAUUGGGGAUAACACUAAGCAAGAGAAAGAUAGCCUUAUGGAGAAGUUAAAUGAGAAAGACAAGAGGAUUGAAAGUCUGGAGCAACAGGUUACGCUACUGGAGCAAGGGCUUGAAAUAAUAGAAUUGGAGUCUGAAACUUCCUUUCAGACGAUGAGAGAUAGCUUUCUUCAAACUAUAAGAGGGAAGGAUGAGAAGUUAGAACAACUCCAAAACGAAGUUGAGUGUCUGGAGCAAGAUUCACUGAGACGAGAACUUGAAGUAGUUUUGCUAUCACAUAUUGGUGCCGAGAGCAUGUUUGAGCGCGAGAAGGAGAAACUCAUUCAGAUGGUAGAAAAGAAAAACAAAAGAAUCGAACAACUCAUGCAGCUAAUACAUUCACUGGAACAAAAAUUUAACAGCACUUUAAUGUCUUUUUCAUCAGAGCUUGAAGAGAAGCAAGCAGAAAUUAAUUUCGUCCAUCAGGCUUGGGAGAAGAUUAAUGCUGCCGAGUUUUUGGCUAUUCUAGAAACUGAAGAGAAGAAACUGAUGAUUUCAGAACUUGAGGAUAAUAUUCGCCUAAUACAGCAGAAGCUGGAGCUUAAGGAAGUAUCAUUGGGUCAUGCAGAAGAGAAGGCAAUGAAGAUUGAAGCAAGUUUGGAAGAAAAAGAGUCUGAAAUGAAGAGACUGACGGAUCAAUUGAAGACAAAGCUAAAAUAUUCAGAUGUCGUGAUCGAUGAGCUCAAGAGUGAGAAGAGUAAUUUGGUAGACGAUGUGAUGAAGUUGUCUUCAGAAAAGGAAGACUUGAUGGGUAUUAUCGGAGGCAUAGGCAAUCAUAUCAGCGAGUUUUCUAAUUCAGACAGAGAAUUGAUGGGCCUUCUGGAGAAGGUAAUGCUCUCUUUUGGCAAUGAAUGUCAAAGGGCUGAGCUGAAAGAGAAUGUGAAUUCUCCUUCAAUGAAAAGAUUUGAAGUCUCGUCUGAUACAAGAUCGCCCUUUAGAGAGCUCAACAGUUAGCUGAAGCCUGCAACCAGUUGCCACAACUCCGUGAGUCACACAGUAUAAACCCUUUUUUUUUUUCAAAAUUCUUUUGUUCUGUACAAUUCAUCUGUAUUAGUACCAACCCUUUUCUUUUCUUUUUUUAACGUAGUUUGAGAUUCGUCUCGUUUUGGACGACGAACUGAUUAGAACAGGCUCAACUUCAUUUACUUCAGAGCCAAUGUUCAUAUUUAUUUGAAAUUUCCCUUCCAUUGUAAUACUCAUCUUGGAUGUUCCAUUAUUUGCUUAUUAGUGGACCAUUGAUUCGUUGUU